GGCUCCAGCCGCUGUCAGUUCGCUGCCGUCGCCGCUCUUGAUGCCUGGCCGGGUCGCUGCGUGAUGGCGCGGCUUAGCUGCGCUGUGCGGCUGGCGGCGGCCGCGUCUGGCGCUGAGGUGCGUCGGUGCCCGGCUCCCCGCACCCCCGCGCGCCGCCCCUCCUGCUGACCGCGCGCCCGACCGCCCGCCCGCCCGCCCGGGGUCCGCAGCGCGGCUGAGGAGACUUGAUAUAACUUCAGAAGAAGAUUUAAUUCCUCGUUUCCGGAUUGCGUCUAUCUCCAGGCCAUCAGGAUGUCGGGAGCCUCAGUGAAGGUGGCUGUUCGAGUGCGGCCCUUCAAUUCUCGGGAGACCAGCAAGGAGUCCAAGUGCAUCAUCCAGAUGCAGGGCAACUCGACCAGUAUUAUUAACCCAAAGAACCCAAAGGAAGCACCAAAGUCCUUCAGCUUUGACUACUCCUACUGGUCUCAUACCUCGCCUGAAGAUCCCUGCUUUGCAUCUCAAAACCGUGUGUACAAUGACAUCGGGAAGGAAAUGCUUCUGCACGCCUUCGAGGGUUAUAAUGUCUGUAUUUUUGCCUACGGGCAGACGGGUGCUGGGAAGUCUUACACGAUGAUGGGUAAACAGGAGGAAAGCCAGGCCGGCAUCAUCCCGCAGCUGUGUGAAGAGCUCUUUGAGAAGAUCAAUGACAACUGUAAUGAGGAGAUGUCUUACUCUGUGGAGGUGAGCUACAUGGAAAUUUACUGUGAGAGAGUGCGAGAUUUGCUGAACCCGAAAAACAAGGGUAACUUGCGUGUGCGUGAACACCCGCUUCUUGGACCCUAUGUGGAGGACCUGUCGAAGCUGGCAGUCACCUCUUACACAGACAUUGCUGACCUCAUGGAUGCUGGGAACAAAGCCAGGACAGUGGCAGCUACCAACAUGAACGAAACGAGCAGCCGUUCCCACGCGGUGUUUACUAUCGUUUUCACCCAGAAGAAGCAUGACUCGGAGACCAACCUUUCCACUGAGAAGGUCAGUAAAAUCAGCCUGGUGGAUCUAGCCGGAAGUGAACGGGCUGAUUCAACUGGUGCCAAAGGAACCCGAUUAAAGGAAGGAGCAAAUAUUAAUAAGUCUCUUACAACUUUGGGGAAAGUCAUUUCGGCCUUGGCAGAAGUGGAUAACUGCACCAGCAAGAGUAAGAAAAAGAAGAAAACUGAUUUCAUUCCUUACAGGGAUUCUGUACUUACUUGGCUUCUUCGAGAAAAUCUAGGUGGUAAUUCUCGGACUGCAAUGGUUGCUGCACUGAGCCCAGCAGACAUCAACUACGAUGAAACUCUGAGCACCCUGAGAUACGCAGAUCGUGCAAAGCAGAUUAAGUGUAAUGCCGUCAUCAAUGAAGACCCCAACGCCAAACUGGUUCGGGAGCUAAAGGAGGAGGUGACGCGGCUGAAGGACCUUCUUCGUGCCCAGGGGCUGGGGGACAUUAUUGAUAUUGAUCCAUUGAUCGAUGAUUACUCUGGAAGUGGAGGCAAAUAUCUGAAAGAUUUUCAGAACAAUAAGCAUAGAUACUUACUAGCCUCUGAGAAUCAACGCCCUGGCAAUUUCUCCACAGCGUCCAUGGGGUCCCUUACUUCAUCUCCGUCCUCCUGCUCACUCAGUAGUCAGGUGGGCCUGACGUCUGUGAGCAGCAUUCAGGAGCGGAUCAUGUCCACCCCUGGAGGAGAGGAAGCCAUCGAGCGUCUGAAGGAAUCGGAGAAGAUCAUUGCAGAGUUGAAUGAAACCUGGGAAGAGAAGCUUCGAAAAACAGAAGCCAUCAGAAUGGAGAGAGAGGCCUUGUUGGCUGAGAUGGGCGUGGCCAUUCGGGAAGAUGGAGGAACGCUGGGGGUUUUCUCACCUAAAAAGACCCCACAUCUUGUUAACCUCAAUGAAGACCCACUGAUGUCUGAAUGCCUACUUUAUUACAUCAAGGAUGGAAUUACAAGGGUUGGCCAAGCAGACGCCGAGCGGCGCCAGGACAUAGUGCUGAGCGGGGCCCACAUUAAAGAGGAGCAUUGCAUCUUCAGGAGCGAGAGGAGCAACGGCGGCGAAGUUAUUGUGACUCUGGAGCCCUGUGAGCGCUCAGAAACCUACGUGAAUGGCAAGAGGGUAGCCCAGCCUGUUCAGCUCCGCUCAGGAAACCGUAUCAUCAUGGGUAAAAACCAUGUUUUUCGUUUUAACCACCCGGAGCAAGCCCGGGCUGAGCGGGAGAAGACUCCUUCCGCUGAGACCCCCUCGGAGCCUGUGGACUGGACGUUUGCCCAGAGGGAGCUCCUGGAGAAACAAGGGAUCGAUAUGAAGCAGGAGAUGGAAAAAAGACUACAGGAAAUGGAGAUCCUUUAUAAAAAGGAGAAGGAGGAAGCAGAUCUUCUGCUGGAGCAGCAGAGACUGGACUAUGAGAGUAAGUUGCAGGCCUUGCAGAAGCAGGUUGAGACCCGAUCCCUGGCUGCAGAAACAACUGAAGAAGAGGAAGAGGAGGAAGAAGCUUCUUGGACACAGCAUGAGUUUGAUUUGGCCCAGUGGGCCUUCCGGAAGUGGAAGUCUCACCAGUUUACUUCAUUACGGGACUUACUCUGGGGCAAUGCCGUGUACCUGAAGGAGGCCAAUGCCAUCAGUGUGGAGCUGAAGAAGAAGGUACAGUUCCAGUUUGUUCUGCUGACCGACACGCUGUACUCCCCGCUGCCGCCUGAACUGCUGCCCCCUGAGGUGGAGAAGACCCCUGAGGGCAGGCCUUUCCCUCGCACAGUGGUGGCAGUAGAGGUCCAGGAUCUGAAGAAUGGAGCCACGCAUUACUGGUCUUUGGAGAAACUUAAACAGAGGCUGGAUCUGAUGCGAGAGAUGUAUGACAGGGCAGGUGAGAUGUCUUCCGGUGCCCAAGACGAAGGUGAAGCCACCAUGACUGGCAGUGACCCAUUCUACGACCGGUUCCACUGGUUCAAACUUGUGGGAAGCUCCCCCAUUUUCCACGGCUGUGUGAAUGAGCGCCUUGCCGACCGCACACCCUCCCCCACUUUUUCCACGGCUGACUCCGACAUCACUGAGCUGGCUGACGAGCAGCAAGAUGAGAUGGAGGAUUUUGAUGAUGAGGCGUUCGUGGAUGACACCGGCUCUGACGCAGGGACGGAGGAGGGAUCAGAUCUCUUCAGUGACGGGCAUGACCCGUUUUACGACCGGUCCCCUUGGUUCAUUUUAGUGGGAAGGGCAUUUGUGUACCUGAGCAACCUGCUGUACCCCGUGCCCCUGAUCCACAAGGUGGCCAUCGUCAGUGAGAAGGGUGAAGUGCGGGGAUUUCUGCGCGUGGCCGUCCAGGCCAUUGCAGCGGAUGAAGAAGCACCGGAUUAUGGCUCUGGAAUUCGACAGUCAGGAACGGCUAAGAUAUCUUUUGAUGAUGAGUACUUUAACCAGAGUGACUUUUCUUCGGUUGCAAUGACCCGUUCCGGCUUCUCCUUGGAAGAGCUAAGGAUUGUGGAAGGGCAGGGUCAGAGUUCUGAGGUCAUCACUCCUCCAGAGGAAGUCCAUCGAAUGAAUGACCGAGAUCUGAAGUCAGGCACUUUGCUGGAUGGCAAGAUGGUGAUGGAAGGGUUUUCCGAAGAGAUUGGCAACCACCUGAAACUGGGCAAUGCCUUCACCUUCCGGGUAACGGUGUUGCAGGCCGGGGGAAUCCUCCCAGAGUAUGCGGAUAUCUUCUGUCAGUUCAACUUCUUACAUCGCCACGAUGAGGCAUUCUCCACCGAACCCCUCAAAAACAACGGCAGAGGAAGUCCCCUGGGCUUCUAUCACGUGCAGAAUAUUGCAGUGGAGGUCACUGAGUCAUUUGUGGACUACAUCAAAACCAAGCCUAUUGUGUUCGAAGUCUUCGGGCAUUAUCAGCAACACCCGCUCCACCUGCAAGGGCAGGAGCUCAGCAGUCCGCCUCAGCCUUCUCGACGAUUCUUCCCUCCACCCAUGCCACUCUCCAAGCCAGUGCCCAUCUGCCAGAGCGAGAGGGCACCCAAACGAGAUGUUCCAGCUACCAAGUUAAACACCAUGAGCAAAACCAGCCUCGGCCAGAGCAUGAGCAAGUAUGACCUCCUGGUUUGGUUUGAGAUCAGCGAACUGGAGCCAACAGGAGAGUACAUCCCAGCCGUGGUUGACCAUACUGCCGGCCUACCCUGCCAGGGAACAUUCUUGCUUCACCAGGGCAUCCAGCGAAGGAUCACGGUGACCAUUAUCCACGAGAAGGGGAGCGAGCUGCACUGGAAAGAUGUCCGGGAGCUGGUGGUAGGCCGGAUCAGGAAUAAGCCUGAGGUGGAUGAAGCUGCUGUGGAUGCCAUCCUCUCCCUGAACAUCAUCUCUGCCAAGUACCUGAAGGCCUCGCACAGCUCCAGCAGGCCCUUCCUUGAUCGGGAUACUCCUAGGACCUUCUACCGUUUCGAGGCCGUGUGGGACAGCUCCCUGCACAACUCCCUUCUCCUGAACCGGGUGACGCCCUACGGAGAGAAGAUCUACAUGACCCUGUCGGCCUACCUGGAGCUGGACCACUGCAUCCAGCCGGCGGUCAUCACCAAGGACGUGUGCAUGGUCUUCUACUCCCGAGACGCCAAGAUCUCGCCGCCACGCUCCCUGCGCAGCCUCUUUGGCAGUGGCUACUCAAAGUCGCCGGACUCGAAUCGAGUCACGGGGAUUUAUGAGCUCAGCUUAUGCAAAAUGGCGGACACAGGGAGUCCAGGCAUGCAGAGGAGGCGGCGGAAAGUGCUGGACACCUCGGUGGCCUACGUGCGUGGGGAAGAGAACCUGGCUGGCUGGCGGCCACGAGGGGACAGCCUCAUCCUAGAGCACCAGUGGGAGCUGGACAAGCUGGAGCUGCUGCACGAGGUGGAGAAAACACGGCACUUCCUGCUGUUGCGUGAGAGACUUGGUGACAGCAUCCCCAAAUCGCUGAGUGACUCGUUGUCCCCCAGCCUCAGCAGUGGAACCCUCAGCACCUCCACUAGCAUCUCCUCGCAGAUCUCGACCACCACCUUUGAAAGCGCCAUCACCCCCAGUGAGAGCAGCGGCUAUGACUCAGCAGACAUCGAGAGCCUGGUGGAUCGUGAGAAAGAGCUGGCCACCAAGUGCCUGCAGCUGCUCACCCACACUUUCAACCGGGAGUUCAGCCAGGUGCACGGCAGCAUCAGUGACUGCAAGUUGUCUGACGUUUCUCCAAUGGGACGGGACCCCUCUGUGUCAAGUUUCAGCAGUGCCACCCUCACCCCGUCCUCCACAUGCCCCUCUCUGGUCGAUGCCAGGAGCAGCUCUGGGGAUCAGAAGACCCCAGAAGCCAGCUCCCGAGCCUCCAGUCCCUGCACGGAGUUCGAGCAGUUUCAGAUCGUCCCGGCUGUGGAGACGCCCUAUUUGGCUCGAGCAGGAAAACAUGAGUUUCUCAAUCUCGUUCCAGACAUUGAAGAAAUCCGACCAGGCUCCGUGGUCUCCAAGAAGGGGUACCUGCAUUUCAAGGAGCCGCUUUCCAGCAGCUGGGCCAAGCAUUUUGUCGUGGUCCGUCGCCCGUACGUCUUCAUCUAUAACAGUGACAAGGACCCCGUGGAACGCGGCAUCAUUAACCUGUCCACGGCCCAGGUGGAGUACAGCGAGGACCAGCAGGCUAUGGUGAAGACACCCAACACCUUCGCUGUGUGCACGAAGCACCGCGGGGUCCUCCUGCAGGCGCUCAAUGACAAGGACCUGAACGACUGGUUGUACGCCUUUAACCCGCUCCUGGCUGGCACCAUACGGUCGAAGCUGUCCCGGAGGUGCCCGAGCCAGCCCCAGGACUGAGGUGCAGAGGAGAUAAAGGACUGGUUACCUCUCUGUGGCUCUGACGGCUGCUCCCGUGUGUAACCGUGGCUUCCCCGCCCUGCUGUCCGGCACUUUUCUACUCUCCUGUCCCACCCCCGUGGCUCUGUGCUCUUCUUUUCCUUGUGCUGAGAAUCUCCUUAGUAGCAUGUGGCCUAACAAAAGGAAAACAGAUUUUUAAAACUCAGAAACAACCCUCACCCUGCACAUGUGCACACACACACACACACACACACACACACCCCACUGAGGAUAUCCACUGAAUUACUUCUUGGUGCACUUUGGCUUCCUUCUGUGUGACAGGUCCCCAUCGUGACCCUCGCUGGUGUCUGUCGUCUUUGGAUACCUGUCCGUGUUUCAGGGUAACUUCUGUUCUCUGUGACGUCACUUUAGUUUUUCUCGGGUGGCUGGAGCCCCGGGGAGAAACCUGCCUUUCCCCACUGUCUCCCUUCGCUGCACCCAGCCCGAGUCCCCAUCAGGGAGAAGGUGGUGGCCAGUUCAGAUGCGGGACAGUUGCAUGUGGGUUUCCCUAGAGCAGGACAAGAGGCCUCUAGAGGCCUUGACUACGGCUGCUGUGGGCCCUGUGAGCGGCGAAGGUGGGUGGCACCAGCUGUGGGCCGCGUGGCAGCAGUCAGGAUGCCUCUGCCUGCUCACAGCAGGGUCCCAGGUCUCCUCUGGGCCUUGGGAGCUUGUCUGCUGGUGGCCUCACUGGUCCUUGUCUGUCGACACGAGAGGAUAGUGAUGCUGAUGCCAAGCAGUGGCUCGUGAGUAUAGUGACACACUCCUGUCAGAGAUACGCAGCUUCCGGAUGAAUGUGGACGUGUCCCCCGUGGCCAGUGACCAUCCCCUGUCACCACCUCCACUCACCAGAGAGCAGACCCCUGGGCUGAGCCAGCCCCGCCACCAAACCACUGACAGAAAAAGGCCGGCCCGGAACCCCUGCGCUGUGGUCCUCUGUUCGUCCCUCUUUUGUUGUCCUCCUCCAAGUGGCACAAAGGUGCUGCCCAUGAAGAAAAGAGAGCUUGCUGCCACCACCUUUUCCUCCGCCAGGCCAGGUUCCCUGGCUUAUGGCAGUGUAGGAAUCUGCUCUUCUGGCUGCUGCGCAAGUGUGCUGUGUCACUUGGCUUCACGGAGGCCCUAGGCCACUGCAAUUGCUGCCCUGGGUCUCUGUCCUCUCAUGGUACCUCACCCUGCUCACCUGUCCCUGCUGUGUCACCAGCCAGAAGGCAGUGCUGCUCCCACACUGGAAGGGGCAGCAGUGGGGCCCAACUGUGUCCCCGUAGAUGGCGUGCGCCCUGUGGAACCAUCUCUAGGGACCUGCUUCUGCCCCGUAGCCAUGCGGCUCUGCAGAGCGGGCUGAGGAGCCCCUGGCAAGGUGGGGACGGUGUUGCCCAGAGCUUCAGGAAGCCAGGGCCACAGGGAGCCAGGCUCUCAGCUGGAAGCGUGCAGCAGAAACUGGUGGAUUUGAUCUUUCUCCCCUUAAAACGUAGGUCACUAACCAUGCUGUCCUUCGUUUCCUGAGUGUGUGCAAGGUUUCUAAUGCAGCCAGCCAUCUCUGUCCUCUGACACAGUCCGCCCUUCUGAUGCACACUCAGACUGCUUCCGGACAGCUUUCUGGCUGGAACUGAACCUAAGUCUAACUUCAGGGAAACAAAGAUGAAAUUUGAAGGUCACUUGUAAAAUUAAAUCACUGAUGUCGCCGUUCCGGAGUCAGACCUUGGACCCAGGGCCCACGCCGUGGCGGGGGCGGCCAGGAGUCUGAUGAGGGGGAUGCCAGACGCUCUGAAACUGCUUUCGUGUUUUCCUCUAAUGCAGACACUGGCUUGGGAGGUCUUUGCUUUGGAGUAGCUAACAUCGGUGGGUGGUGUGGGCCAUGUCCCUGGGGCCCAGGGCAGGGGGCUGCAGCGGAACCAGCCUGCGGUCCUGCAGGGUGGGGAGCCCUGCUCCCUGCUGCUAGGGGGAAGCAGUCUCUGGGCAGGACAACGGGCUCUGGGCAGGCACCAGCUGCGGCCUGAAGUGAAUAAACCUAACCAUUAAGGAAGCCACCCAAAGGUGGUGUUUUAUUUAUUCUUGAAGUGCUCCUGUAAACAAGGGAAGAGACCAGAAAGAAGCUCUUAUGCAGAUUACAGACAGAUGGGUGCUGUUACACACUGAUGGCCCUUCCUCCCUUCAACCCCCCUCCCUGCAAGGCGAAGUGGGGCCACACAGGCCACCCCUGCCCGAGUCUCUGCCGCAGCUGCCGGGAGUCGCUCAGCUCCUUGGGCGGCGGCGUGGGGCCGGCCAGCCUCAAGGCAGGAGCAGGCUGGGCACGGGCAGCGGCCCCUGCUCAAAGCCCCCAUCAUCUGACACCCCUUUGGCUACACAGUCAUAUUUUGGUUGGAUCGUAGCUGGUUUAGACGCGGGAAUGAGGCCACUGCGACAGGAGCAGUGGGAGCAGGCUGCCCUCGUCCACCGGUCACGGAGCAGAGCCUCGGUUCACAGGGCCACAAGCUCUGUGCGGGCAGGUGUGGAACCGCACACUGGUGCCCGGCAGUGUCUGCGUGGCACCGGUCCCUCACUUCCCUGUCCCCUUCUGAAGUGUGACUGUGGACUUGCUCCCAAGAGGAGAAGCCUCAUGCUGCUGCUGCUGGUGGCGACUCCCGCGUGCGCUCUGGAGCUCCGCUGUGUGCCCCGUUGUCCAGCCACUGAUCAGUGAGCACCUGAGCCCCAGAAACACACACCUGGGAAGGCUCGCCUGCACCUCACAGUGUGGCAGCAGCUGUAGGCUGGACUCUCGAAGACCCUGGCGCUCGUGCGCUGGCCCCCGAGUCUUACCGUCCGUCUGUCCGUAUCCCUGUGCUGCCCAUCACUGUGGAGGCCAGCAGCCUCCCCAUGCGGAAGGCGCUGUCUUUGCCUCGGUGGUGCUGCAGCACCUGUCAAGAUCCAGUCCUGUCACCACCCUCACACACUGUCAUAAAACCCCAUGAAGCAUAAGUGGCCUUUCUGAACCAAGACUUUGCGGACUGACCUCUCCCCAGCGAAGGAGUUGAGCACAUUAGCAACAAUGUACAUUAUUAAUUUUGGAUUUUCAUUUUCAUGUUUUAUUUUGUAAAUAAUAUCUGAUGUUUGGAGCUCGAGUAUACAGAAUGUAAAUACAGUUCUUUCUUGUAUUUGUACUAAUUCGGGUUCUUUUGCUGUCUAGCUGUAGGUGUGCAACGCAGACAUAACCUAACUGUGUGUGGUAACCUUGCAUCACAGAGGUAAAAAUUAGUGAACGAGGUAAAAAUAAUAAAGGUCUAACCAGUGCA